AUGAGCACAGCCUUUCUUAUACCGAUCCCGGUUAGAUCAGGUGGUGGAGGGCGGAGGUGGAGUGUUGCACUUCGUGAGGGUCCUUCUCGUCAGUUCUGCGCCCGAUCUAUUGGAGGUUGCGGAUCAGGAUGUGGUUCUGUUCCCCCCGAGGACUAUCGAGUGAGGAGAUGUCAAAUAUUAUACAACCUCAUGCAGGCCAUAAACGUCAUCGCGACCCCUCUCAACCCUUGGCAUGAUGACAGUGUUUUAAUUAGGAAACCUCGGUCAAGCUAUCUAGAUUCGAUAUCGACCGAGAACCCUUCGACUCUGUCCUUCGGACUCAACGUCGGCGUGCUUUCUUCACCUUGCACCUCGAUCAGAAUGCCUAACAAGACCAAAUCUUCCAAGCCAGGUAAACCUGUUUUGGUUAUUCGGAACUUUGUUACUCGCUUCAAGAAUCGUCGAUCUAGUCGUUCUGUGGGUAAUGAGAAACCUACACCUACGAUACCAGAAAUCAACUGCGAUGUAGCGAUACCUCUUCAUGUCGACGAGGAAUCACCACUACCAGCAAUACCGAAUAUGGAUAUGACAUUUUCUGAUAAACCACCCUUACCUCCUUUUCCACCAGAUAUCAUACGUCGUAUCGCCGAAGAACUUUUACGACAAAAUUGUCGAGCAUCACUCUCUUCCUUCUCCUUGGCGUCCAACGAUAUCUUCCUGUUUAUUUCCCCGAUACUCUACAGAAACAUUAUCCUCACUGACUCUCAUCUUCGUAAUCUCGCUUUCGUUCUUCGACACCGUUUCAAUCUACCCAAUCCUAGCGCUUCGAAAGAAGCCGCUGGAUUACAUAGACGCGUGGGAAGGAUCUUAUGGAAUUAUCGAUGGUUAGAAAGUCUUCAUGUCCCACCCACCACUUCGCAAAAAACUCUUGACCUUCUCAAUGCAAUGUGGAAAAAAGGUAUCGAUUUUCUUUGUCCGCAAUUGAAAAGUAUCGCCUUUAUCCAACCUGAAAGCUACAGUGGAAAAUUAUGGGUUGAUAUAUUAUUACCACCUCUCGCAAUCACCAGAGCGUUGACAAGAGGUCGAAAGGUCGACUAUAUGUGUCUUCAUCUUCGUAAACCUCCAUUCGGCGGACUUUCUGCCGGACGGAAUCGAGAACAUGAUGAAAGGGCAGAAUGGCCAUCAUGGGAUGUGAACGAUGACUGUAGGUUAUUACAACAUACUGUUGAUGUCAACAAAAGUUGUUCGGUUCAUUAUUCCUACUAUACUCGUCAACUUGACGUGUCGAAUUCUAUCUGGAGACAUCGAUUUAUCAUUUGGGAUGAUCCAGCUUAUGGAGAACAAUUGAAAAUUCCUCAAUGUUUCGAUAACAUGUACGAACAUUGGCAAGAAAUCCAAAAGUUGAAGGACGAAGAUCGACAUUUAAUCACUUUUGUCGAUGAUACUGGUCAACCAGCUGAUAAGUGGGUUGAAUUUGAAGAUUCUAUGAAAGAAGAAUUAAGGUUCAAUUUCGAAUGGUGGAUGACAGAUCGACGAGUGAGUAAGAAAUACGCUAAAACUCUGGAUGUCAAGCCGAAUAGGUUUGAAGAUUUAUUACCUUUGAUUCAUUUCGAGAGAGGGAUAAAGGAAGUUUGUGAAGGUUGUGGUUGUAUGAUUGAUCCAAAAACACCUGUGCGUCAGAGAAGGAUGAUUUAUGAGGCGGCUUGGAGAUUUCCUCGAAGCAGUGAUACCUUGACCGAAGUUUCGAUGCCAAUGGGACAAUGA